AUGAAAAAGAGAUCCAGUGAAAAGAGAAAAAUUAGCUCCGAGAGACGUCGACUCGUCGAGGAAUUGCACGCUCCGUCGAGAAGAAAUUUUCCACGAAGACGCGUCAUUGUUCGAGGAUACGACGAUUUAUGGCAGACUGAUAUCGUCGAGAUGCGUCGCUUCUCGAGCUACUCGAGCUUCAACAGAGGCCACCACUACAUACUCACUGUCAUCGAUGUGUUGAGCAAGUACGCAUGGGCCGUACCGCUCAAGAGCAAGGAUGGAAGCGAGGCUGAUGCUAUUGUUGAGAUAAUUCAAACGAGUGGAAGAUGUCCUAAAAAUUUACAAAUGGAUAUGGGGAAGGAGUUUUACAACGCCGAUAUGCAGAAAAUCUUGAAAAAACACGACGUUAAUCACUAUUCCACUUAUUCGACGUUGAAAACAAAUAGUGGAGCAGUUCAAUCGCACGCUCAAAAACGACAUGUGGAAGAUGUUUACACUCAACGGCAAUUAUAA